AGAGAGGGAGAGGGGGAUGUGAGUGGAGGAGCUUGUGCAGAAUCUCGUUCACACCUGAAAUGUGUUGAAGCAGCUGUCCACCUCUCUGCAGCGCACAGCUGUUACUAAUGGAGACAGAGAGAAACAGAAAAGAGGGCUAGUUUUAUUUUUCCUGUCAGAAAUCAACAGGGUCUCCUCCAGCCGCGGAGAACACAGCUGAGGAGGAAGAACCGGACUGACUCUGUCCUCAUCUCCUUAACGAGGAUUCCAAAGGCCAGAACCCCGAACGACACAAACACAGUACUGACAUAAAGGAUACGGAGCUGUGUCUGUACCGGGGCUCACUGUUACUGCAGCCCGCUGUGUGCUCAGGAAGACCCGGAGAGGCUCACUGAACACCGCUGGAAGAUGGGAACAAGCGUUAUGAUUGACACAGAGGCUUAAAGCUGGUGUGUGUGUGUGUGUGUGUGUGGACAGACUGAAAGAAAAAUGCUCAAAGUUUGCGGCCACACGAGACGGAGAGGAAAUACAUAAAGCAUGUUUUACAACCGAAUAACGGACAUUUACAAACAUAACAAAAUGUUUGUCUGGCUGGCCACAUUUUUGUCGGAAUGUAACGUUAAACAAAUAACUUCCGGAAAACUUCGAUUAUCAGCAGCUUCAUUUGAAUCCAGGAAACCGACACAGACCGACUCUAAUCUGAAUGGAGUUGUGUGAGACGAGGUAUGAGCUCUGUUGUGCCGUUUUCGCGCUUCGUCGAUGGAUAUGCCUGUUAGCACGGCCCUGCUGGGCAGCAGUGGCAGCAACUACACAGCUGACACCUCGGGUCCCGGCUUCACCGGCCAGCUGGGCACCGCCACAUCUGUUGUGCCGAGGGUUGUUUCCAUAGUGACUAGCCUAGUGACCGUCACCACAGAGGCCACAGUGGGAACCACAGAUAACCUAUCAGCCUUCAGAGACCAAAGAGGGAACGAGCUCAGUCAGAUCCAUCAGGCGUUAACCCCGUCGGUGCUGAGCGCUGCUGAGAGUAACUCUGUCUUGCAGGGCAUCACGGUGGCAGCUCAGGCCCUGGUACUCCUCUCCAUCUUCCUCCUCUCCAGCCUUGGCAACUCAGCGGUCGUCAUCGUCAUCAUCAAGCACAGGCAGCUUCGAACAGUGACCAACGCUUUCAUCAUGUCGCUGUCGCUGUCCGACUUCCUCACAGCUGUCCUGUGUCUGCCGUUCUCCUUCGUCAUGCUCUUCAGUAAGGAUGGUAUCUGGAUGUUCGGGGAUAGAUUCUGUGUGGCCAAUGGCUUUUUCAACACCUGCUUUGGUAUCAUAUCCACCUUGACAAUGACUUUGAUCUCCUUUGACAGGUACUACUCCAUAGUCAGGCAGCCACAGGCUAAAAUAGGGCGUCAGAAAGCAACGCAGUUGUUGAUAGCUGUGUGGUUAACUGCAGUCAUUUUCGCUCUGCCUUGGUAUCUGUUGGUCCGAACACCUCCAGAAAUCCAUAAGCGAGGUUUCUACCACUGCAUGUAUGUGUUCCACUCGGGGACCUCUCGCAUGGGGACAGCUUACAGCAUCUCACUUAUUGUUGUAUGUUAUUUACUGCCCUUCUCCCUCAUGUGUUUUUGUCAUUAUAACAUCUGUAAGACAGUCCGACUCUCUGAAAUCCGAGUCAGGCCGGUAACAACAUACGCAUACUUGUUGCGGUUUUACAGUGAAAUGCGAACUGCCACCACGGUUCUGAUCAUGAUCGUUUUCAUAAUCUUUUGUUGGGGGCCGUAUUGCUUAAUGGGGUUGGUUACAGCGAUGGGGGACUACACGUUCAACCCUGCAAUGGACACAGUGGCUAUCUGGCUAGCCUGGGCAAACGGAGCCAUCAAUCCUCUGAUCUACGCCCUGAGGAACCCCAACAUAUCCAUGUUGCUGGGACGGAGCAGAGAGGAGGGCUAUCGGACCAGAAAUAUCGCUGCGUACCUCUCCAGCCAAACCCAGAACCGUGAAAUUCGGCUUAACCAAGCAGAGAGGAUAAGGGACCGCUAUGUGAGUCGUGUAGGGGUGAAUAAUAACAGCCGGCUGUCAAGUUCAAGUCCUGGAAAAGGAGGAGGGGGAGGAGAGGUGGCAAUGUGGGCUUGUAAAAAUCCUGCUGUGUUCUUCUGCAGGGACGCCCACCCCGACACUGCAGCGCUACCCAACUCUGUCAGUGCUCCAAAGAUGAAGACAGCCGACACCAGCCUGUGAUAUUCUGGACGAGUUCCUAACCAUCUAAUGAUUGUGUUCAUCUCAUCUGUAUUUGUCGUUGUGGAUCUAGAGACUGCUAUUACCAGUUUGUCACAUAUUUGGAAAUACCUGAUAGUAUUUAUGUGUCUUCAGAUCACAGACCACCACUCAUUUUUUGUUCCAGGAAUUGAAAAAGAUCACUUCAGUUGUUCAUGUACUAGUACUAAACUGCAGAACUGUUCACAGUAUGUGGAAAGACAAAAAUACGACAGUGAAAACUCUGUUGUAGCUGCAGCUGUUUUACAAUAGCUAAUGACAGUUAAAUAAAAUUCCUUUUGGAGGACACCAUGAAGUCCUCUCUAGAAUCCAUGGCACCUCCUCUGGAAUCUCAGUGAUUAAACAUGGAAGGGGAUUCAAAACAUGUCUGUAGACACCCAUGACAAGUUUGUGCUUGUGCUACAGGUCUUCAUGUCAGAAAUCAUUUCAUAUGUGAAUGCAGCAUGUGGAUAUGGAAAACUGAUCAAGGAUCUAGCACUUCCUUAAUCUACAGCCAUUUUCAGACUCUCACAGUUUGUUAACAUGAAUAAAAUGAUCUGAUACACUUACACUUUUCCGUGAAUAAUGACUGGAAUGUCCUCCUUCAGAAGCAAAGGCCAGAUAGAACCUCUGACGGUCUGGUCACACCAGAAAGUGAUUCUGAGAAUGCAUUUUAGCCAAAGCAUUGCACCUCUUUUUCCUCUCCACACGGACUGUUGCCUGCAUGCAACCAAAGCGCGCUCAAACGUGAUUGCUACUACUAGUACUAAGUACUACUUGGACUACAAAUGGAAACCAGAACCCUUCCGAUGCCAAAUCUCAGUUCAUUUAUUGAAGAGGCUUAUCGUCUCUGAAUCAUCUGCAAACCGUGCAUCUUUUGUGACCAGUUCAUACUCCAGCAGAGCAUGGUAAUAAUAAAGUGGAUGGUGCAACACAGCUAGUACGCUAAGUUAGCUUCCUAUGUUUUUUUACAGUUGGCUCUCUGUUGCCACAAAGGUCACCACUGUCAAGACAGUUUGCUACCAGUUAGUCGCGCAAAUAUGUGAGCCAACGUUCACCCACGCUGACUUGUAUGGAUGAAUUACAAAUUAACUGCACACUGACAGACUACCUAUAUAGUACUACUAUAAAGUGUAUAGACUGCGUUUUCAUUGUAGUUUUUUAUUAAGUUGUAGAUUUACCUUCCCAACUAAUUUUUUCCCACAUUACAAAGCGAAUGCGUCACUAAAUGCAACGUUAAUGUUGUCAUGGUCUGACAACUGUUUUGUUCAGUUCAGCAGGUCCAUAUAAACUUAAUAUUAAACUUGUUAAUUAGGUUUAUUGGCUCAGCAACCACCCAUCUGCACCCAUGCACAGUAUUUAAAAGGUAAAGAGAGCUUCAGACUCUGAAUGACUUCUGAAAAACAUCAUUUUAGAUGCAGAGUUGGAGUUAUGCUUGGCAGCCAGGCCGGACAUACAGGGAAAAGACCAAUAUCCACAUGGGACCCUUCGACUAAUGACUUAAAAGUAUUAAGAGACAGGAUCUCAGUCUCAGAUAUUAACCACACCCACCUGAACGGCUGUCUUUUUGUUAUAGUCAUGCAUUUUAUCCACCAUGAUAUGUACAGUAUAGCUCCACUGUCUGCUGGGGGUGGGCAUUAGGAAUAGUUUUUGUUAUUACUUUGGCCUGCCUAUAUGUGUAAAUGCAUUUUUAUCACACAAUAAAGAGGUUAGAUUUUUUAUUUUCAAA